UCGGUCCCACAGGAACAGCCAGUAGGCAGCUCUGGGCGAGAGCUCCUCAGAGGUGAGCUGGUCCACCAGCCACAACACACAGGACUGGGCUGCAAGAACAGAAUCGUGAGCAUCAUGCUGUCAGAACCUAAGACCAAGGGAGGCUUUGACUUCUUCACUCCAAAGGGCAUCAUUAGCCCCGAAAAAGAGAAACUUGAACACACCUACCAAAAAGAAGAUAACCUGCAUAAUGGUCUGGAAAAAGAAGCCACAGUUCUUGGAACUAUCCAUAUCCUGUGUUCCAUGACGAUUUCAAGUUUGGGGGCCAUUUUGAUUUCUGCUCCCUACUCUUCUAACUUCAACCCAGCAGUUUCCACCAUUUUAAUGUCCGGGUACCCCUUUGGAGGAGCUCUGUGUUUUGCUGUUACUGGAUUCCUCUCAAUUAUCUCUGGGAAAAAAUCAGCUAAGGCGUUUGCCAUGAGCAGCUUGACCUCCACUGCAGUGAGCUCUGUGGCCGCUGGAGCAGGCCUCCUCCUCCUCGCUGACAGCCUGGUAGCCCUGAGGACUGCGUCUCAACAGUGUGAAUCAGGAAAAGAAUAUCUAUCUUCAUUGCCUUAUUCGAGGUACUAUUAUUCGACAUAUGAAGUCAAGGAGUGUUUCCUGGCUGGCAUCAGCCUAAUAGGUGUGCUGGUGGUGAUGCUCACCUUCACUGUGCUAGAGCUCUUACUCGCUGCCUAUGCUUCUGUCCUUUGGUGGAAACUGGUCUACUCCAAGAACUCUGGGAGUGCGUUUUCCUUGCCGUGGUCACAAGAUAAUAUCCAACAAGUCAAAAAGAAUUCUUCAAGGUCAUGGAUAUGAGUAGCUCUUGGCCUUAGAGAAAAAAGGAGGAGAAACCCAAUGCUCAUGGCAGUGUGAUUAGAUUUUCCUGAAAUUUAAGCUACUUUAGACACUGAAAGAAACUUAAAAAAAUAGCUUUUGUUGAGUAGUUUUAUUGCUCUUGAAAAUAAUUUCUCGAAAGCCCAGGUCAGUAAAAUUUUACUAGUCAGUCUUCCAAAAAGGCCAUAAACCUCAUAAACUUCUCUAGGUAAACUGAGAAGAAAGUGAUUCAUCUAUCCAUAAGUAAGAAGAGAAAAUGUGCACUCUUGUGCUAGUGUGAAUUGGCUAAGUCUAUGUGGCUAUAC